UUUUGCGCACGGGGACGCACGCGACGCGGCAGCAUCGGAGGAAUCCAUAGCAACGGCGGAUAAACAUGAGUUACUACAGCAGAGCCUCCAGUUCUUCCAGCUUCGCGUCCGCUGCCAUGACCAGUACGCUGGAGGACAACAGUCUGAACCUCAGACAGCAGAAACUGGAGAAACAGAGGGCGCUGCUGGAGCAGAAGCAGCGGCGGAAGCGUCAGGAGCCGCUGAUGGUCCAGCCGAACUCAGAGGGACGUCCGCGGCGCUCGCGGCCCCGCCGCAGUGAAGAACAAGCACCGCUCGUGGAGCCGCACCUCAGCACUGCCAGUGACAUCAUCCUGGAUGGCAUCGACGGCCCCGCGGCUCUGCUGGGUUCAGAAGCUCCAGAUCUGGGCAGUAAGAUCCAGGUUCUGUCGGUCAGUCCACCGCAGCAGCCCUCGCCGCCCGCUGCAGAAGAGCCGGAGACAGACGCCGACACCGACACACUGCUGGAGCCCAAAACUGACAUACACACACUGCUGCAGAGACGUGGACUGUCUGGCAGCAUGAACUACGACGAGGCCAGCGAGGAAGAUGACGAUGAAGCUGAAGAGCGAAGCCGAUCGCUGUCGCCGAACACAGAGAGCACUCGUCCUGCAUCAGCCUCCAGCACCAAAUCAACCACGGAGUGUCUCCCGCUGUGUUCUCCGUCGGCUGAGGGUUCCUCCGUUGAGGUAGAUAAUCUGGAGGAGUUUGUGCUCCGUCCGGCUCCGCGGGGAGUCACCGUCAAGUGCCGCAUCUCGCGGGAUAAGAAGGGCAUGGACCGCGGCCUCUAUCCCACGUAUUACAUGCACCUGGAGAGAGAAGACGGCAAGAAGGUGUUCUUAUUGGCCGGACGCAAGAGGAAAAAGAGCAAAACAUCCAACUAUCUGAUCUCUGUAGACGCCACAGAUCUGUCCCGUGAGGCCGAGAGCUUCACAGGAAAACUGAGGUCUAAUCUGAUGGGAACCAAGUUUACUGUGUACGAUAAUGGCACGAACCCCUCGAAAACCCCCGGAGCGCUGCUGGAGGAAACCAACACACGACAGGAGCUCGCCGCCGUCUGCUACGAGACCAAUGUUCUGGGCUUCAAAGGGCCGCGGAAGAUGACCGUGAUCAUUCCCGGCAUGAGCAUGAACUUCGAGCGGGUUCCGGUUCGGCCCGCGUGUGAGCAGGAGUCUCUGCUGAGUAAAUGGCAGAAUCACUCGCUGGAGAAUCUGAUCGAGCUGCACAAUAAAGCGCCGGUGUGGAACGACGACACGCAGUCCUACGUGCUCAACUUCCACGGCAGAGUCACGCAGGCCUCCGUCAAGAACUUCCAGAUCGUCCACGACAACGACCCUGACUACACCGUGAUGCAGUUUGGACGUGUGGCGGAGGACAUCUUCACUCUGGGCUAUUACUCAGAAUUGCAAGAAAAAAAGUAUGAGUAUCAUCAGAGCAGGUGUUGCAGGUAUGUGCAAUCCUUCAUAGUAUUGUCAAUAUCAGAAACGGGGAAAUGCCACCAGUUUGAGGUUGAGCCCAUUACUUUGGACCAAUCAGCCUGGCAGAGGUGACAUCACCACACUGUAUUUUACUUGAAAUUUGGUACACCAAAUAGUCUUUAUUGCUUUUUACAUUGAUAAUCACAUUAAAAUCUGCCUUAUUAAUGCAU